AUGUUGGAAGAGUCGUAUCCUCGAAGAUGGCGUGGGUAUUGGAAGGAAGGUUGCAUUGCUUUGGGGCUUUUUGCUGCAAUUUUGCUCGUAGCUCUCAUAGUAGUCUCUAGCGCCAGAAAUCCGGGGCCUGUGGAAAUUCAUUCUGACUCGACGUGUGACACCUAUCAUGAAAGCAUAGACUUCAACGUGCCAGAGGACCCGCCUGUAUUUGCUGACCUUACAAAGCAGGAGUUGCAAAACACUAGAGCUUACCUGAAAUCUCAAUCUGACUUAAAUCUGGUUGAUAUCAACAAAGUCAUCGUAUCAUCCAGUUACAUCUACUCCAUCGAAUUGCUUCCACCGACUAAGUCACUAGUUUUACAGCACCUGGAUAAUGCUGGCAGAAAACCACAGCGUUGGGCAAAGGUGAUUGUUUUCCGGGGAGAUUUGCCUACGCCGCUGAUUCAGGAGUACAGAGUGGGACCAAUGCCCAAACCAAGUACCCAUGAUCUGAUUGACUACAAAGGUAGCCGUAAAAACCCUAUUCCUUUUGCUUACAGACCCUUGUCAGGGACAGAUAUAGCGCUCAUCAACAUCCACAUAUUUCCAGAGAUUUUUGACAAAGCAGAAGAUAUCAUUGUUGAAAGUUUCGGAGCCAAACUGCGCGAUUGCGGCUCGAAAUGUGUGACAUAUUCAGCUGGUCCUGUGUCCACUUCACUCUCGGGAGAGGUGGUCAGAAAAUUCUGGAUUCGGUUUAGUCAUGCCGUGAACUUCAUGACUCUUCAUCCCCUAGACUUUCAAAUUUUGGUCAACUUAGACGGUGUUCAUAGGGAGAACUUUCGAAUUGAGAAAGUGUGGUACAACCAAAAGGUAUUCAACAGUCUUGGCGACCUUGUGGAUGCGUAUAGGUCAGGAAAGGUUGAAAAACUCCACUUCACAUUCCCCAAAGUGGACAAGAAUUUAUUUUCUACCUUAAACCUGCGUGGUGACCCGUUCCCUAAAAAACAACAAAGACGUCCUUUCCAGGUAGAACCCGAUGGGAAACGAUACUCCAUCUCAGGGCAGCGCAUCAAGUACAUGGGUUGGUCCUUCAAUUACAGGAUGUCCACCAACAGCGGGCCAAUGCUGUUUGAUGUACGGUAUAAACACCAACGGAUAGCAUAUGAAAUCAGCUUACAGGAAAUCGCAGUAUUCUAUUCUGGAUACGGCCCCGCCAGUCGUUUUAGUGACAUUGUCGACAGUGCUUCCAUGAUAGGUACCCUCUCAAAGAUUCUCAUCCCAGAAGCCGACUGCCCUGGUCACGCUACGUUUCUUCCGGCGACACAUCUAUUCGAUGGGUCGGAUGCACCAAUCACAUAUGACAACGCCCUGUGUCUCUUUGAACUAGAGACGGGAAAUCCUUUACGUCGCCAUCAUUCCUUUUCAGGAUACGAGGGCCACUUCUACGAGGGACUGAUGGACGACGUUCUUGUUCUAAGGACGGUGCUCACUGUUGGAAAUUAUGAUUACAUAUUCGACUACAUAUUUCAUCAGAAUGGGGUCGUCGAAGUCAAGGUCAUGGCAACUGGGUAUAUCCUGGCCAGUGCGUACUCUCCGAACGAGAGACAGUUCGGGUUCCAGAUACACAAAAAUCUCUUGGGCAAUAUUCACCAUCAUAUGUUCAAUUUCAAGGUGGACAUGGACAUUUUUGGAACAUCAAACAGAUUUGAAACUUUGGACAUAAGCGUGGAUGAGACUCCUAACGGGGAUUGGUCCUCGUUACCAGAUGUCACCGUCUACAAUCAACUUAAAUUUAAGCGAACUCUUCAUCACACGGAGAUACAGGCUGCCUACAAAUUCAACUUCAGCACCCCUAAAUAUCUCCUGUUUCACAACGAAAAGCGCAAAACUAAGCAAGGAGUUUCUCGGGCUUACAGAAUCGCCAUAAACGGUAUGUCGAAGCAACUACUUCCAGAGGGCAAAGGACACGAACCCUCCAUACCCUGGUCUCGUUAUCAGAUGGCCGUGACGAAAUUCAGACAAACUGAGGUUCAAAGUAGCUCUGUGUAUGCUAUAUGGGACAGUUACGAUCCGGUGAACAACUUCCAAAAUUUCCUCGAUGACGACGAAAACAUAGUAGACGAGGACCUUGUAGCAUGGGUGACAUUGGGUGUUCACCACAUACCCCACACAGAGGACCUUCCGGUGACCCCAACGCCUGGCGGGCAUCUCCAGUUCUUCCUGUUGCCCUACAACUACUUUGACGAAGAUCCAUCCAUGGCUUCCCGAAAUGCUAUUCGAAUACAACCAGCUGAGGACGACGGCAAGCCCGGGAAACUGCCCCUGGUGAUAAACCGCUAUGGCAUGAACAGUACUAGAAAAUGUGUUCCAAAACCUACCAGUUUCUAUGAACGCUUAUUGAAUGACCCAGACAUGAUAUUUAAUUAA